AUGUGCUGGGAUUUGGCAAAGAAGCGUGUCAUCAGUAAUUCAUUUAUUUUAGACGAUCCAGACCUGAAAGAUAUUGACCCUACAGUACUAAAACAUUGCCAUGCUGCGGCUGCAACUGUACUGCUGAGUUAACGUUAACAGAAAACUAAUAAAUUCUUUUUUCCCUGUAGCACAUGUCUCGAGGACUGUAAACUGGACAAAGAGAGAAUAGAACAAUUUUGCACAGAAUAUCAGAAAAACAAGGAUGCAUUGGAAAUCCUAUUGGGAAGGUAGGUCAAUCAAUCUCCUCUCCAUAUAACUGAUGUGUCUUGGCGCUUGGAAUAUCAAAUCAAGAGCAAUCAACUUCAUAAAACUUAUCAGCCUUCCUACUUGGUGACCUUAAAUGUAGAGAACAGUGAUUCAGGAUCACACCCAGAUGUUAGUUUUAGUUGUACGAUGGAGCAAUUACAGGAUUUAGUUGGAAAACUAAAAGAUGCUGCAAAAAGUCUAGAAAGAGCGACUCAGAUGUGA